GAAUACACCUUCACAGAAUAACACUCGAUUGCGAUCAUAUGCGUACUAUUAAUAAAAAUUUAAGAAACGAAAUAAAGUUGAAGAUAAUGAACAAGUUUGGUCAGAGAAUAUCCUUGAACAAAUUGUACGAAACAAUACUUCGCCAAAUCGUAUACAAUGUCAAAACGAAUUUGAACAAAACAACGAUUUAUUUUACUAAACGAAUGAAGGAUGUGAAAGAAAGUUACACAGAAGGAUUAUCUACGUUUAGCAAACUGAUCCAGGAGCACACGCAAAAAUUAAGUUUUGUGACACUUUUAAUAGAGGAAGAAUCGAAACUCCAAAAGUUGAAGCAACACGUCCCAGCAAAUAAGUCGCAGUUGGAAGAGAACUAUAAAAGCGAUAUAAGGAAAUUGAAGAAAAUUUUUGAAAAUCAAAUGCAACAGAAAUAUUUAUACCAAAAUAAUAUGAAGAAUCUUACAUUAAAAAUAAAAUCAUAAUGUGCAAUAUAUAUAGUUUAGAAAAUUACUUUUCCCAAGGGAUAAAGAUAAUCACAUUAAUUAAAUAAAACAAUAAGAGGUAAAUAUAUACAAUAACGGACCCAGCCUCAAUGACCUUGACCUUGAAUUAUAUUGUAGAGGUCACCUCCCUGAGUGACCUUCAAGAGGUUUUAGUCGUCGCUCGUUGUUUAUUAAAAAGUUAUUAACAAAAGAAGUUUAAUAAU